ACACUGAGUGAAUUCUUCACAUAGAAAGUAUAUUUCAGUUUCUUCUCCACACAUUUGCAGCAUGAGUGAAAGUCAUUCUCCUGGAAGGGUAUUCAUGCAACCACAUUUUUAUCCUGCAAAUUUGAAAAGACAAUCUGUAAGUGAAGGAGACUUAGCUGCAGCUCUGCGUGGCUCUGAAGAGUCUGAUGGUGAAAGCCUUGCUCAGGAGAGACAAUAUCAGCUAGAACUCCAGCAGCGGAUUCGUGAAAAUGAAGAACUCGUAGGACUGUCUUCAGAUGAGUUGGAGAGUGACAGCUUAGAAGAAGAUAGCUUGGAGGAGACAAGUUUAAAAGAGCAAGAAGGAGCUAAGUGUGACACAGAUCGAUAUACAACUGGAAUGCAAAAGAAUGGUAGUAAUGGAAGGAAACAGCAGUCUGUGGACAAAUAUUUCAAUCUAAGAUACGAUCCUAAUUGGAAGAAAGACAUAGCAGAAUUUUCUGAAGCAAAGAAAGCACAUCAAGUUCCUAGAAGAGGCAGUGUGGAGUUUUCACAAGAUCCAUUUUACCUCCUUUCCAAUGGCUGCCCAGAAGAAGAGAAUCAACAGAUGGCAAAAUCACAAGAUACAUCCUUUGAGUUUGAUACAGAAGUAUUAAACUUUGAUGAACCAAAUGCCGUGGUCAGGAAUGAACCUUUUAGGUUAUAUGUUAAAGGGAAGGAAUCUGACGAGGACUAUCAUUUCAAAGAUAGUCCCAGUACGUACAGCAGUGCUUUUUCUCUUCAGAUUCAAGAUCAACCAGAAAGAGCAAAAAAAGACUUUGUGGCAAAAAACAAACGGACUUUAGGAUUAGGUAAACGCAUGAGAAAUUCUUAUCUUCAAUUACACAGUAAAAAGCAAGGAGAAGUUCUUCAAGAGCAGGCUGCAGAUGCUAAAGCUGUUGAUGAAGAACCAGUUCAGAAUGUCCUACCAUUUCAGAACACGAAAAUGGAUCCUGAAGACAAAUGGUAUCUGAAGUCACAGCGGCUCAAGGAUCACCAAAAUAAGCAGCCUCAGAGAAAUAAAAUAAAAUCCAACCAGAGUCUCAAAGGGAGAGCUUUCCCAAGAAAUGAUAGCCAACAGCCACCAGGAAGACCAGCAGAAUCAAAGUCUUGGCACCACAGACACCUCCAAGUAUCAGAAUUUCAGACUGCUCCCACACAGGCAGCAGAGCAAGACAACAGCAGUGCACUGCAGAAAUGGCUAUGUCCAGAUCCUUCUAUUGGCCCUGGUACUACUCAUUUAAAUAAUUUCCCAAAUUCAAGACAUUUUAAAUAUCAUCCUGGUCCUCCAAACAGACUUCCACAUGAUCAGCAACAUUUAUACAAUCAUGCCAUUUUACCACUUUUUCCAAGAAAUGACUGUACCAGUAAUCUAGCACACCCAAAUCAGAGGAAUAAUUCAUCUAUUUACAAUGCUAAUUUUCAAGAAUUGUUAAAGGAUCAAGUGUCACCUCAGGAUUGCAAAAGACACAUUUACGCGGAUAAAAACUAUCACAACUAUGCUAUCAGUAGUUUAUGGCCUUCCCUCUCUUCUACUUAUAGUUCACCAGCAGCCCCUUGUCCAGCUUCCCAACUUAUGAAAACCAUGGAGCAACACCACCAAGAAAUCACUUACUUGACAGAAGCUCACUUAGCUGACAGGCACUUCUUCAGCCUACUUCCACCUAUAAUCCCACAGCUGGAAAGUGGUUCAGAGCUAAAUGCAGAGAGAGGUGAAGGAAGUCAAGUGAAAAUAAGCCGAAGCAACUCGGAAGGAUAUCUGAUGCAAAUGGAAAAGCAAAAACAGCUUAAAGUCAACAAGAAGCCAUAUAGUUCAAAAGCCCACGGGAAUCUGAAUGUGAAACUUGGAGGCCUUGGACCUGACUAUGAAUCAAUGAAAGAGAAGAAAGAGAAGUUAAAGCAACAAAAGGAAUAUGCAAAGCAAAUUAGGGAACACAACAUGAAAAGCCUUGCUUCUGUUCAGAGGUUGCCUACAAAACCCAAGGUUACAUCCUCAGUGUCAAGACAAAAGGCUCUGGAAUAUGCUAAGAAGAUUCCUAGACCAAAAACUUUUACAACAACACAACCAGAUGAAGAGGUGAAAGAUGAAAGAGUUCCGUCACAGAUUUUAAGAGAUCAUUUACCUCAGAUUGCAUCCUUGGAAACUUUGCAAGACAGACAUGAGAAGGAGAAGCAAGUUGUAGCUGCUUUCAGAACCCUUCAUAUCUUAUAAGUAAUUUGAAAUGAUUAGGGAUAUCUUCAAGGCAGAAAUUACGUGAACUGUUUAAUUAUGAGCUAUUACUACCAUGUGUUAAUCUACCAUCCCACAAAAAUAUAAGGUGGUCUGUAUUUUAAUAAUUUUUAAGUUUUAGAAUCAGUUCUAGUAUACUGAAUUUUUAAAAAUGUCAACAGUUGCAUGUGUAGCAUUUUAAAUAUGAUCAUCUGUGUUUCUGGGGUUUUUUGUUGGUUUUUUUUUCCUUUAAAUCGUCUGAUCUAGCAGUUGCAUCUUUCAGAUUAAUCAGUUACUGGCCUGUCACAACCAGAUCAUUUUUAAACAUGCUGAACAUACAGGCAUCUCUAUGAAACAUUAAAAAUAAACAGUCUCAUUUGAUGAUCUUAAUGCCACCCAUAUUUCUCUUUUUGAAGUGCAGAGGAGACUUUGGCAGACUGGCCAGAAAGAGAGCUAAAAAUAGUCCAUUGAUGGUAAGAAAGAGAGUAAAAACAUGCACCAAAUAUAUCAAUUAUGUAAAGAUACAUUGCUAAUUAUUCAACUGUUGCUCUGUUAUCUGUUAGUGAAUCAUUGUCACAGCAAGGCCAAAAUUUUGGAGCUUCACCGAGGACAAGGAAAUG